AACUUUAGGAACUAAUAUUUCAUGUCCCUUAUGCUUCUAGACUCACCUUGCAAACUAGUGCACUACAAUACACCAAGUAUCGCUCUCUGGCAGUUGAUUUUAUGAUGAAUAUCCACUGUAAGACACAUGCGCCGUGAGAUGAACUUUUUAUUGAUGUAACUCAUGAAUAAAAGUUUCAAAUUAGUACAUGAGUUUGAGGUACCUACCUAGAGCAGCUUGCACAAGGACUAACCACCAAGUGAUUAAAAUAUGUUUUAUAAAAAUCUCUAUUAUAGACUCCUAUAAUGCUUAUAAUGUCAUAUAUACAUGAUUGUCUUCCCCUGACUUGUUUUGGCCAUUGCAGACAUAGCCUUGCUGUCACAAAACCCAUCUGCAGGAGAUAUGAAAGCACACAAGUCAGCUCUUUCUAUUCUCAAACUCUUAGAAAUUGAUGGAGUGAAAUUGUAACAUGACUAGAGAGAGUUUAUCAUUUUAUUAACUUUUAAUAAAAAGUUUAAAUUUUUUCUUAAUAAACCACUAAGGAGUUUAUUAUUUUAUUAAACAUUCACCAAAGAGUACAAACUUUUUUAUGACAACUACAAUUUAAGUAAUAUUAAUUAAUAAUUGACUGAUAACAGAUUUCGCGAAAUUGAUGUUAUUUACUUAUACAAAUAUAUUUACUAUAUACAAACUCUAUAAAAAUAUAUAAAUGGCUGGCAAAGAAACAUUAAAAGCUGGUUUUAAAAUCGCUAAGCCUGUUUUGUCAAGAGAUCGUCGUGAAGCCCAUAGACGUGUUAUUAGUUUAUAUCGAGCUUAUUAUCGUUAUAUUCCCUACUUAGUAAAACAAUUUGAUAUACCAAAGAGUGAAGAAAACUGUCGGAAAAAAUUACGAGAAUACUUUUAUAAGAAUGCUUGUAUCACCGAUUUGAGAAUUAUUGACAUAAUGGUCAUAAAGGGUUUCAUAAAUUUGAAAGAGAUAACGCAUCAAUGGCAACAAAAAGGUCACAUUAUGGCUCACUGGCAUCCAACCUACGAACCAAAACCGUGCGACUUCAUGGGCAAGUUCUUAGCAAAUAUGGAUUAAUAUUCGUUUAAAAAUUAAAUAAGACGUUAAAAUUGUAAUUUUAAAAUAUUUAUUUCUCAUGUUAUAAAUAAAAAAAAUGUUCAUUGUAAA